UGUUUUAUGUGCAACAAACAAAAGUGACGCCAUUACGAGUCCGUACGUUUAGCCGUAGACAAAAGUCGUUCGUUCUUUGAGUAUAUUUUGUGUUCGUCUGUUAAUUCAGCUGUUCUCAACCCGUCAAACCCUUAAUCUCAAACAUGGCUCGUACAAAGCAAACAGCUCGUAAAUCUACCGGAGGUAAAGCUCCCCGUAAACAAUUGGCGACCAAAGCAGCACGUAAAAGUGCCCCGUCAACUGGAGGAGUUAAGAAACCUCAUCGUUAUCGCCCUGGUACUGUCGCUCUUCGUGAAAUCCGUCGUUAUCAGAAAUCUACCGAGUUGCUGAUCCGAAAAUUACCUUUCCAACGUUUGGUGAGAGAAAUCGCACAAGAUUUCAAAACAGACUUGCGUUUCCAAAGUGCAGCUAUUGGAGCUCUUCAGGAGGCUAGUGAAGCAUACUUGGUUGGUUUGUUUGAAGACACCAACUUGUGCGCUAUUCACGCCAAACGUGUCACCAUUAUGCCCAAAGAUAUCCAGUUGGCCAGGCGUAUUCGUGGUGAACGGGCUUAAUUCAUCCAGUACAUUCCUCUAAACUGUAUUUUUUUUUUUUUUUUCGUUUUUUGACAUUUUCCUGGGUUAUACAAUAUUUUCCCUAAACAGUUAUUACUAUUUAAUAUGUGUGUGUGUGUAUUGAUAAUUUGUAGUAAAGCUUUAUAAUUUUAUUUUUUUUUUAUAAUUAUAAUAAUUAUAUACCUAAUUAUAAAAAGAAGUGUUCAUUUUAAAGAUAAAGAUUGUUUUGGAACGACAUUAGAAAUCAGCAUUUUAUGUACCUAUAUAUUAUUUUAAAGUGAAUAGGUUUUAGUUUUAAGUUCAGCAAUAUAAUUAAUUUAUAUUUUAAAGCUUUAUACUUAAUAAACUAUUUGACUUUAAA